AAUUUUGUCUUUACCGUAAAAUUGCGGCUCGUGUUGUCCUUUUGUUGUCUUGCCUUUCACUACUCACUGUCUUGCUAUCUCUAUGUUACCACUGGUUGGACUAUUUACCAGAAGCUCUUGUUUGCUAUCAAAAGUUCUUUUUCCAUCUCGCUAUAGCCAUCCUCAUCCUCUGUUUUGUAUGCUGUAUCUACUCUACUGUCUUAAGAUAUAUUGUUCUUCAUUAUGCUCACGGACAUCUAUUUCUCUUUUGAUGCUCUUUCCAACUCGAACAUAAAUACAUUUUCCAGUUUUCAUCACUACAAAUACACCUGUAGAGUAGGUCAUGAUAACUGUAGCUAAUCCAUUACAUGCAAGCAUAGUAAGUGUAAACAGGUCUGAUUUUG